AUGUCUAUACUCUCACAUUUCUCCCUCCCGACUCGACGAGCGUUCCGCACCGGUUUGUUGACGGGUACGUCGGGUUUCCUGAUACCUGCUAUUAUGAAUAAAUGGGAUGUUUCAGUGCUGCGGGCUGUGUUAUAUGUUCUGAUUUUGUAUACGGUGUUUGCGGGUUGUGAAGCGGUGGUUUAUCGGAUGGUGGAAAGGAAAGAUGUGGGGAAGGAAGAGGAAGACACAGACAAACAAGGACUAGAGGCAAAUAGAGAGGCAAAUAGAGAGGCAAAUAGAGAGGCAAAUAGAGAGGCAAAUAGAGAGGCAAAUAGAGAGGCAAAUAGAGAGGCAAAUAGAGAGGCAAGGGGAGAGAGUGAAUGA